UGGUUUGGACGGCGUCCGACCUGGAGCCCCUGAGCACCGCCCCUUAACCCGGCGUCCCUGGACACCCCUCCGUGUGAGCUCGGCCUCAUGGCCGGAGCCCGGCUCUUUCGGUUCCGGGACGAGCCAGGCCCCGGAGCCGACCCGACCGUGCUGGAGGUCCGCGUCCCGCAGGUGCGUGCAUCGGCACCCACGUGGAAGCGCCCUCUGGUUGGAGCGUUGGGAAUGGGGCAUCCCUCACUUCUGGACUUCGUUCAUUAGUGGCGGGUCUGGUAUGAAGCCCGAUGAAGAGUUCUAGCGGGAAAGUCUUGUCCUGUGAUGGUCCUGCAUGUCCAGUAUGGGAUGUAUGUUUGGCCCUGUGCUGUAGUCCUGGCCCAAUACCUGUGGUUUCACAGAAGAGUUCUGCCAGGCAAAGCUGUCUUAGAGAUUGGAGCUGGAGUGAGCCUUCCAGGAAUUUUGGCUGCCAAAUGUGGUGCUAAAGUAACACUAUCUGACAGCCCAGAGCUUCCUCAUUGUCUGGAUAUUUGUUGGCAAAGUUGCCAGAUGAAUAACCUGCCACAGGUGCAAAUUGUAGGACUGACGUGGGGCCACAUAUCAAAGGACACUUUGUCAUUGCCACCACAAGACAUCAUUCUUGGAUCUGAUGUUUUCUUUGAACCAGAAGACUUUGAAAGCAUUUUAGCCACAGUAUACUUUCUGAUGCAGAAGAAUCCCAAAGUUCAAUUCUGGUCUACAUACCAGGUCAGAAGUGCUGACUGGUCACUGGAAGGCUUGCUCUACAAGUGGGAUAUGAGGUGUGUGCACAUUCCUCUGGAGUCUUUUGAUGCAGACAAGGAAGAUAUAGCAGAGUCUACCCUUCCAGGAAGACAUACUAUUGAAAUGCUGAUCAUCUCCUUUGCAAAGGAUAGUUCCUGAAUGAAUUAUACCUCAAGCUAUUCUGGGACAAUGUCUAAAUAACAUGGCAUAAAGAUGAAUUAUCUUGAGAAAACUCAGCGGGUGCAAGUCUUAAUGCUGUGAUGUCAUGCCUACGGCCAACAUUUAACUUCAACAAAAUUAAACAUUGAAAAGGA